AUGCAAAGUGAAGAAGGCCUUGGAGGUGGACGGCCCCCGCGGGACCUCCCCCCCGUGGCCUCAGCCUCCGGGAGAGUCUGCCGCGUCCAAAGCACCUCCCGAGAGCCCUGCCUCGGUCCUGCCUCGGUCCUGCCUCGGUCCUGCCUCGGUCCUGCCUCGGUCCUGCCUCGGUCCUGCCUCGGUCCUGCCUCGGUCCCUGCCUCGGUCCUGCCUCGGUCCUGCCUCGGUCCUGCCUCGGUCCUGCCUCGGUCCCUGCCUCGGUCCCUGCCUCGGUCCUGCCUCGGUCCCUGCCUCGGUCCUGCCUCGGUCCCUGCCUCGGUCCUGCCUCGGUCCUGCCUCGGUCCUGCCUCGGUCCCUCCCUGCCUCGGUCCUGCCUCGGUCCCUGCCUCGGUCCUGCCUCGGUCCCUCCCUGCCUCGGUCCUGCCUCGGUCCCUGCCUCGGUCCUGCCUCGGUCCCUCCCUGCCUCGGUCCUGCCUCGGUCCCUCCCUGCCUCGGAGCCCCCUACCCGGGCCACAUGAGCCCCCUACCCGGGCCACAGGAGCCCCCUACCCGGGCCACAGGAGCCCCCUACCCGGGCCACAGGAGCCCCUUACCCGGGCCACAGGAGCCCCUUACCCGGGCCACAGGAGCCCCCUACCCGGGCCACAGGAGCCCCCUACCCGGGCCACAGGAGCCCCCUACCCGGGCCACAGGAGCCCCCUACCCGGGCCACAGGAGCCCCCUACCCGCCCCGGGCCACAGGAGCCCCCUACCCGGGCCACAGGAGCCCCCUACCCGGGCCACAGGAUCCCCCUACCCGCCCCGGGCCAGAGGAGCCCCCUACCCGGGCCACAGGAGCCCCUUACCCGGGCCACAGGAGCCCCCUACCCGGGCCACAGGAGCCCCCUACCCGGGCCACAGGAGCCCCCUACCCGCCCCGGGCCACAGGAGCCCCCUACCCGGGCCACAGGAUCCCCCUACCCGCCCCGGGCCAGAGGAGCCCCCUACCCGGGCCACAGGAGCCCCUUACCCGGGCCACAAGAGCCCCUUACCCGGGCCACAGGAGCCCCUUACCCGGGCCACAGGAGCCCCCUACCCGGGCCACAGGAUCCCCCUACCCGCCUCGGGCCACAGGAGCCCCCCUACCCGGGCCACAGGAGCCCCCUAGCCGGGCCACAGGAACCCCCUACCCAGGCCACAGGAGCCCCCUACCCGGGCCAUAGGAUCCCCCUACCCGCCCCGGGCCACAGGAUCCCCCUACCCGCCCCGGGCCACAGGAGCCCCCUACCCGGGCCACAGGAGUCCCCUGCCCGGGCCACAGGAGCCCCCUGCCCGGGCCACAGGAUCCCCCUACUCGCCCCGGGCCACAGGAUCCCCCUACCCGCCCCGGGCCACAGGAGCCCCCUACCCGGAUCCCCCUACCCGCCCCGGGCCACAGGAUCCCCCUACCCGCCCCGGGCCACAGGAGCCCCCUACCCGGGCCACAGGAGUCCCCUGCCCGGGCCACAGGAGCCCCCUGCUCGGGCCACAGGAUCCCCCUACUCGCCCCGGGCCACAGGAUCCCCCUACCCGCCCCGGGCCACAGGAGCCCCCUACCCGGUCCACAGGAUCCCCCUACCCGCCCUGGGCCACAGGAGCCCCCUACCCGGGCCACAGGAUCCCCCUACCCGCCCUGGGCCACAGGAGCCCCCUACCCGGGCCACAGGAUCCCCCUACCCGCCCCGGGCCACAGGAGCCCCCUACCCGCCCUGGGCCACAGGAGCCCCCUACCCGGGCCACAGGAUCCCCCUACCCGCCCUGGGCCACAGGAGCCCCCCCUACCCGGGCCACAGGAUCCCCCUACCCGCCCUGGGCCACAGGAGCCCCCUACCCGGGCCACAGGAUCCCCCUACCCGCCCUGGGCCACAGGAGCCCCCUACCCGGGCCACAGGAUCCCCCUACCCGCCCUGGGCCACAGGAGCCCCCUACCCGGGCCACAGGAUCCCCCUACCCGCCCCGGGCCACAGGAGCCCCCUGCCCGCCCCGGGCCACAGGAGCCCCCUACCCGGGCCACAGGAGCCCCCUACCCGGGCCACAGGAUCCCCCUACCCGCCCCGGGCCACAGGAGCCCCCUACCCGCCCCGGGCCACAGGAGCCCCCUGCCCGCCCCGGGCCACAGGAGCCCCCUACCCGCCCCGGGCCACAGGAGCCCCCUACCCGCCCUGGGCUGAGCGACAGAUGUGA